GACGCAGCGGACCGCCCGGUCGCUCUCGUCGACCCGUCGGACCCGACGGCCGUCCUAGCGGCUCUGUCGGACCUGUCGCGCGACCACUACGGCGGGGCGGCGCUGAGGCCAGUCGCAAUCCUGACGACGCACAAACACUGGGACCACGCCGCGGGCAACGUGCCGCUGCGCGAAAAGUUUGGCCGCUCGCUUCGCGUGUACGGUGGCGAGGUGGACGCGGUCUCGGGCUGCACGCACCCCCUCCGCGAUGGCGACGAGGUGCGCGUCGGCUCGCUGCGCGUGGUUGCGCUCUCCGCCCCCGGCCACACCGCCGGCUCGACCGCCUUCCUCGUGCGCGGCUCGCCCUCGGCGCUCUUCGGGGGCGACGUCCUCUUUUGUGGCGGCUGCGGCGCUCCCUUCGAAGGCUGCGCCGACGACAUGGUCUCGACCUUCGCGAAGCUGUGGCGCUCGUGCCCCCCGGAGACGCUCCUCUUCCCGGGGCACGAGUACACCCUGUCGAUCCUG